AACGGCGCGAUAAUCUUAUCAGAGUUUAUCUCGCUAUCGUAUCGUAUCAAGUUUCUUGUACGUUACGAGAAUUCCAACCGAUCAGAACGUAUUUGACGGUUUCCGUGUGCAUGUGCGCUAAGUGAAAAUUCAGUUUGGAUACCUUUAGUUUAUCAGUGGUUGAUGCGCGUAAAAAAGCGUGCCGAUAUAUGAUUUCCCGAUAAGACGCAAUUCGGGAAAGCUCUUUGUGCGAGGCUCUGACCUAAAGGUGCACGACAUUCAUGGUAAAUACAUUGUGCGAGAAGUAGAGCGUAUUGCAUCAUAUGUCAUACGAACAACCGGACCGAAAGCGAGUCUGAUAGAUAUUUAUUGAAACAUUAUUCAUAUACCGCAAACAUAUUAUUCGGAUGGUGUACAUUUCUCACAACCAAAGAAAUCAACCAAAGAACUAAUUAUCCAAAAAUAGACGUUCUCUCUAUUUGAAUGUACGAUAUUCUUAUCUGUUACAAGCGUUUCGUUGUGGCAGAUACAUUUAUCAAUGUAAUUCAGCGGACAAUGUAAGCGAACGUUUGCAAUAUCUUUCAGGUAAUUGCAACGUGUGCAAAACUGCAUUUAAUCUGGACAUAUUUUUUCAAAUUAAAGAUAUAAGAAAGAUAUUUGUAGAGACUCUCAUGGAAUUAAGAGAUCUUUAAUUAAAAGUAAACAAAAUAAGAAUUUGAAAUUUUAUAAUUUUUAAAUUGAUUUAGAUGCAUAAAGAUGCACAAUGAUGAUUUGAUGGUUCUGCAAAAUAAAAACGUGCAUGAUUUUAAACGAUGUAUGGAUGGAAACCAUCGAAAAUAGCAAUAAUUAGUUAGUUAUUAGCGAAUUAAUUGUCUAUGAAGAAUAUUUGAAGAAUAUCGCGUAUCUGGCAAGAAAAGACUGGACUUGAUGGCGCGCAUCGAGUCAAUAUUUGAUUUGUAAGAUCUACGACCGUUGUCGAACAUCGUGCAGUGACGAAAGAAUAUUUACGAAAAUGUACGGCUUAUUUAAACAAGACACGUGUGUACGUAAUCCUUGCGUAUACAUUGCGUGUUGCACACGUAGCACAAAAGGCCAGCGGAAGUCGCGAAAGUAGUUGCCUCGAAUCUUCCGGCGCUGGUGGACGUGAUUUUGCGUGACACGGUGUAAAGUUGAGUUUAAAAUUGAAGAGUGCAAUUAAAUUUUUUAGACUUGGAAUAUUCAACAAGGUUUUUUUUAACUAUCUAACAAACUUUUCCAUAGUUUUAUGAUUUUAUUUCAGGAUUUAGAUAAAAAUUUAAUCGAUCCUAAUUCUGUCUAUGAGAUGAUGAACUUAAACAAAAAUUUGAUCUGAAAUGAGAAAGGAAAAAAGACAAUUGAAAGCUUCAGCUAAUAUUAGCUAGACUGAGAACGGGAGUUUUAUUAUUCUCGGUCGGCGCUAAUCAACGUAAGUGCAGUCGACCUUCCAGUCACUCAGUCAUCUUCGAUCCUCACAGGUGUAUAUGCAAAAUAUUCGGGCCGUCGCGUCAUCUCAUCUCGCAUGAUGCAUGCAAGCUACGGUCAAGAUGGGAAUAAAUGAAGAGUAUUUUUUCGCUGACAUGAGAGGGAAACUGCAUGUAGCUUCCACUAAUAAAUUAUGUUAUUCACGACAAGCAGAUAAUAGAUGAACACAUAUUGAGAAAUCUCAAUUGCAAUUGUAACAAAAAUAAGUACAGAAAAAUUAGGCGAUCAUCAUGAAUGCGAGGCAAGCGGAAUUCUGGCUGGCGAUAUUGUACACCAGUUCCAUGGUACACUCCGUCACGUCCAUCAUAUCGUUGGUGACUGUAUGGCAGCAUUGGACAUGGACAUUAGACAGUUGCAUCGACAUCGACUGCGGCUGCAUAUUAUACGGCAUUAACACGUUUCGCACUUUCAUCGGUGGUGACGUGAAGCUCUGUCACUUUGCCUCGUACAGCCUCGUACCCGGCAUCAUAAUCAGCUUGUGUCUCGGUGGUUAUCACGGGUACAGGUGUUGCAUACAUAAGAAUCUGGAUGAUCCUAUGCGAAUUAAUCGCGAACAAGCGUACCAUGAUGACAGGAACAGCUUUAACGAUGAAGUCGUUGUGGUCAUGAAAAAGAGAAGUACGUUUAAACAAUGGAUGCCCGUAGCUUUUCUCACGGCGUUGAUUUGUUGUCUGUCUCUCGCUCAUGUGGUUGUGAUAACGGACGGCUACUACAAAACUUGCGAGCAAUACAAGCGAAAUCUCAUUCAGCUGUUGGGCUCGGGAGGCCGUGAAGUUCAGGCGAUUCAUAACAGACUGCCGUGCGGUGCAAUUUUCGAUUUCAUGGAUUACGUUCAGCCGGACACCAACAAUUGGAGACGCAGCAGCGAAAUCAACACGGGCAUCGCACUUCAGCUCGCCAUAGUCACGAGUUGGUUCAACUUCUUUGCCUGGUUCGCCGCGUGCACGAUAAACAUCAUCAUGGCGAGAAGGAGGCUGUAAAGUUUAGAAGAACAAUCCUGCUCUUGCUGCUGAUUGUGAGUGAUACUCUCAAUAAAACCAGCUUGUGCGACGAACCGUUUACAUUAACGUGGCAUCUUGGUGUCUGUGAAGUUUAAUAAAAACAAUCGCAGAGACUUCUCGUCGGGAGAAAUGAGAUGCAGGACACCGCGCAUACGAUUAACGCUCGCGUGUUAAUGGUAUAUAUUUUAUUGAUGCAUUUUAUACAGAGAUAGUGUCUUCAAUAAUUAUAUGUUCUUCGUAUUCUUAUUAUCAAAAAAAAAAAAAAAAAA